AUACAUUAGUAUCGAUGAAGCAAUUGUAAUUCAUUUCAUAAGGAAGAGGGAGAAGGAUCCUAUGGGUAUGUAUUUUCUAAUAUAAUAGAAAUCUUGUACAAUUAGAUAUCUCUCUAUUUUAGAAAGUUCUCUAUUCUCAUUGUUGCCCAAAUAUCAAUUAUUUAUGAGUACAUUUGAUGUCCAAUCUAAAUAAUGCUUUACUUACAUUAACAAAAGAGUAUUCAAUCUUAAAGUAGAUUCACCAUAUGGACUUGGAUUUGGAGGUGAUGGCAAUGAUAACUUUAGGAUUUGGAUUGAUGAAAAAGUGAAUGGAAAUGCAACAAAUAGAAUAAACAAUAAAUGCGAUUAAACAUACGAAAUGAGAUAUUUAUUAGAGCCUCAUAUAGAAUUUCUAAUUGUAAAGCAAUUGAUUAUAUCAAUAGUUGUCAUCAUUUGAAAUUUGGGAAAUUAAUUAUGAGAAUAAACAUAAGAAAAGAUGA